GUGUUCUCCGGGCCGGUGUCCGGGUCGCCGGAGGACGCUGUCUGUCUGGGCUGCCCGGAGCUGGCGGUAAGCCCCUAGCCCUGAGCUUCCCAGCGCGGUCCCUCGGGGCGUCAGUCCGCCCGGGACUCACGCUCUGCUUCCACGCAGUGGACAGCCCGAGGUGGCGUGGGCCUUAGGGUCGAAUGACACGGCCCCGAGGCGAGGUCAACAGGUGGCAACCCCCCCAAACAUUCGCCACAGGGAACUCCACCCUGAGGGUUCUGCAGGUGGGCACCCCUGGAUUUGGCGAUGAGAACUGCGCUUUGGACAUGAAGUCGCUUUUCUAGCCCACCUUAGGGAAGACUGUUGAAUUCCAGCCACACGUUGGAAUGGUUCCAGCAGCCUCUCUUUGCAAAACGCUUUCAAUUCAGAGGAUUUCCUUGGUAAAAGUUCUUGGACCCCCUGUCCUGAAGCAGCCAGGGCUUCUCCGGACGGCUUACCAGCCGUGCUGGGGUUCUUACGUUCCCUGCAAGACUGGUAAAUGUUGGACAACGACAGAUAACACGGGAAGUUCUGGAAUUUUCCAUUUAGAGCAACAGCUUCCAGUUCUGACCAUGGCCAACUCAGAGAAGACAGAAGUGGUUCUCCUUGCUUGUGGUUCCUUCAACCCCAUCACCAACAUGCACCUGCGGCUGUUCGAGCUGGCCAGGGACUACAUGAGUGGGACAGGGAAGUAUAAAGUCAUCAAAGGUGUCAUCUCCCCAGUGGGUGAUGCAUACAGGAAGAAAGGCCUCAUCCCUGCCCACCACCGGGUCAUCAUGGCAGAGCUGGCCACCAAGCACUUGGACUGGGUGGAGGUGGACACCUGGGAGAGCCUGCAGAAGGACUGGGUGGAGACGGUGAAGGUGCUGAGACACCAUCAAGAGAAGCUGGCGGCCAGCUGGGGUCAGCAGCAGAGCUCCCUGGGGCUGGAGAGGCCUGGGCGCAAGAGGAAGUGGGCGGAGCCAAGACCAGAUCCCGGUCAGAAGAAGCCAGUGGAGCCAAAAACAAAAGGUGUGCCCAGGGUGACACUGCUGUGUGGGGCCGACUUCCUGGAGUCCUUCAGCGUCCCCAACCUGUGGAAGAGAGAGGACAUCACGCGCAUUGUGGCUGACUUCGGGGUCGUCUGCAUCACCCGGACUGGCAGUGACGGACUGAGAGCCAUCUACGAGUCCGACGUGCUGUGGGAGCACCGCAGCAACAUCCACCUGGUGAACGAGUGGGUCACCAACGACAUCUCAUCCACGAAAAUCCGCAGGGCCCUCCGGCGAGGCCAGAGCAUCCGCUACCUGGUGCCCGAUCCUGUCCGAGAGUACAUUGAAAAGCAUGACUUGUACAGUUCUGAGAGCGAGGACAGGAAUGCCGGCGUGGUCCUGGCGCCCCUGCAGAGGAACACUGCCGGGGCUCAGGUGGAGGAGGCCCGUAGCUGAUGGUUCGCAGCUCCCUGGCAGGAUGGGGACAAAUCUGUGCAUUAGUAACAGGAGGCAGAAUUGUGAUCCUGUAUCAUGAACUAAAGCUCAGAAGUUGGAUGAAAAUCAGGAAAAAAUUAAAAUCAGAUUAUUUUCAUUUUAUCAGAA